CCGCGCACCAUAACAUCGCCAGCGCCCCCCGCCGCGCGCGCCACCGCCCGCUCCGCCCCCCAGCUUCUUUAACGUGUAGCAGCAGCAGCCCACCUCCACCCGACCGCCCGACCGCUCUCCUCUCCCACCCACGGAUCCCCGGCUGAUCUUUUCCGCUCCUCUCCUUCCCUCGGCUAGCUGCCAGUUGCACCACACAGCAGCUUUAUCCCGCGCGUGGAAGGGGCUGCCAUGGCGUUGUCUGACUCUGAGCCGUGCACGCAGCAGCGGCCGCCGGCGGGCGAGCUGAAGCCCCAGGCGGCGGCGCCGGCCUACGACGCCGCCGCCGCUUCGGACGACCGGGCGCCGGCGGCUGGGACGUCCGAGUCCGAGCAGGCGCCAGCGGAGGCGGUGGCCAGCAGCAAGGCUCCGGCGGUGGAGCCGGAGAAGAAGGACAGGGCGGCGGAGGAGGAGGCCGCCGCGACGGACGUCUGCUGCGGGGAGGUGGUGCCGCGGCGGCCGGCGGAGGAGAGCGCGCGGGAGCGGCUGAAGCGGCACCGCACGGAGAUGGCGGGCCGGGUGCGGAUCCCGGACAUGUGGGGCCAGGAGCGGCUGCUCAAGGACUGGGUCGACUGCGCCGUCUUCGACCGCCCGCUCGCCGCCACAACGGGGCUGCUCACCGCCCGCGACGCGCUCGUCGCCGAGUGCGCCGCCGCGCGCCGCCCGGCGGUAGUCUCGCACGGCCCCGCGGGCCGCACGCUCCGGGUCCAGAACGGCUGCUCGUGAUCGCCGCCGGCCGCCUAGCUACUCGCCGCGCGCAUGCAGCUGAGAUCAAGUGCUUUUCCUUUUUCUACUUCUCGCUCCCUUCCCUUCUCGAUGAUUACGUACACCUCUAUUCGAAUCUCUGUUGGCCCGAAUACGAAUUCGAUCGAUGAUAACCCCUAUGCAUCGAGUAAUACUCAUGCUUGAUGACUAGCGCUGGUGGUUGUAAUUAAUGUAGUUGAUCACCAUUUUUAAGCAUGCCACAAUCUGUUUCUUUGGACCAACACUCCAGCUUAAUUGGGGGCCGGGGUGAAUUCAUCAAGAGCUGUCAAUUUCCGUUUCACA